GCGGCAGCGGCGGCGGCGGCCGCUGGGCAGGGCUGGGCCGAGCUGCGGACGCCAGGCCCCCCGAUCCCCGCCAGGCUGCGGACGCCAGGCCCCCCGAUCCCCGCCAGGCUGCAGGCGCCGGGCCCGGGCCGUCAGGGCAGCUGUGACCCUUGCGCUCAGCGGGUGGCGAGCUGGGGGUGCGCCCGGAUCCCCGCCCCCGGGAUCAUGGGGAAUGGCAUGACCAAGGUACUUCCUGGACUCUACCUCGGAAACUUCAUUGAUGCCAAAGACACGGAUCAGCUAGGCCGGAAUAAGAUCACACACAUCAUCUCCAUCCACGAGUCACCCCAGCCUCUGCUGCAGGACAUAACCUACCUUCGCAUCUCAGUGGCCGACGCCCCUGAGGUACCCAUCAAAAAGCACUUCAAAGAAUGUAUCAACUUCAUCCACUGUUGCCGCCUCAAUGGGGGAAACUGCCUUGUGCACUGCUUUGCAGGCAUCUCCCGAAGCACCACCAUCGUGACGGCAUAUGUGAUGACUGUGACAGGACUGAGCUGGCGGGACGUGCUUGAAGCCAUCAAGGCCACGCGGCCCAUCGCCAACCCCAACCCAGGCUUUAGGCAGCAGCUUGAAGAGUUUGGCUGGGGCAGUUCCCGGAAGCUUCGCCGGCAGCUGGAGGAGCGCUUCGGGGAGAGCCCUUUCCGCGACGAGGAGGAGGUGCGCGCGCUGCUGCCGCUGUGCAAGCGCUGCCGGCAGGGUUCUGCGAGCGCGGCCUCUUCCCCCGCGCCCAACUCCUCGGCCUCCGAGGGGACCUUGCAGCGCCUGGUGCCGCGGUCGCCCCGGGAAGCCCACCGGCCGCUGCCGCUGCUGGCGCGCGUCAAACAGACUUUCUCUUGCCUCCCGCGGUGUCUGUCCCGCAAAGGCAGCAAGUGAGGAUCCUGCCCCGUCGUGGCGCCCCUCGGCCUCUCGACCGGUCCCCUUCGGGGAUUGUCUGCGCCUCCCACGGCCUUCAGGACGGGCCCAGAGCCUGUGGGAGCCCCGCGGGGGCCUGAUCCCCGCCCCUGCCCCUCUUCCCGCCUUGCUUGUCUGUGUCCGCAGUCAGCGUGUCCUCCAUCUGUGUGUGUGGCUCUGUCUGGGCCGGCCUGCUGCAGCUACCUGGUGCCUUAGUCCUUGGGCUGGGGGAGGGUGCCCCCGGCCCCCCUCCCAUUAAAGGCGGUGGGAGUGGGA